CUCUACCAACGUCAGCAAUCGCCCAAACAACCGUCAGGAGCUCAAGUGAUAUUUCUAGGCGUGAUGCUGGGGGCUCUGCUGGGGCUUCUGGCGGGUGUCAGGUCCAUUGAAAUUUCUCGGAAACUGCCGCUGUCUCGCGGGUCGUUGAGGAUGGGUUCAUAUCUGAUCGUUUUUGCAUGCCACAGAUGUUGUUCCUGUCUUGUCAGCAGAUACCUUUGUAUGUGCCAUGUGAAGAAGCGUAGUGGUCGACAGUCAAACGCAACUAGUCGUUUUUCCAUGCGAUAUCCUUUUGUGAUCAACCUAUUUCAAUCAGCAUCAACCAUAUAACCACAACCGCAAGAUAGACAUACCGAUCCCUGGUCAUCACAUAAACAGCCA